AUGCCCUCGAUAUUGAGGAUAGUGGGAGGCCUGAUCCUCCUCGGGCUUGCACAUGUCAUCGGCAGCUUCGUCUACCAGAUCGUUUACUAUCGCUUCUUUCACCCGCUGGCCAAGUUCCCUGGACCGUUCUGGGGAUCGGUGACCCGGUUAUGGAUCACCUACCACAACAUCAAGGGCGACGAGCCUGAGACUUUCCAGGCCCUGCACCGCAAAUACGGCCCCAUCAUCCGCGUCACCCCCGUCAUGCUGCUGGUGAGCGACGCCACCAAGCUGCCCGUCAUCUACAGCCGCCAGGCCAACAAGUCCAAGCACUACAUCACGGGCAGCUUCGGCAAGACCGAGUCGCUCUUCAACAUGCAGGACUCCAAGACGCACGCGCGCUUCCGCAAGGUCGCCGCCGCGCCCUACAGCUUCACCAAUAUCAAGAAGAUGGAGCCCCUCAUCGACGCCCGCAUCUCCGAGUGGAUGGACCGCCUCGACGAGCUCUUCGUCCGGCGCGAGCCCGGUGCCAAGUUCGACUUUGCCCCCUGGGCCGUCUACAUGGCUUACGACGUCAUCUCCGAGGUUGGCUUCGGCGAGCCGUUUGGGUUCAUACAGCAGGGCAAGGACGUCGGGGGCCUGAUCCAGGGGUUCCAUGACGGGCUCACGCCUUUCGGUAUCAUGGCCAGGCUCUACCCUAUGACAAACUGGAUCAAGAGCACUUUUCUUGGGAAAUACUUCGUCGCGACGCCCGAGCAGGACUCCGGAAUCGGAACGCUCAUGCGCUUCCGUGAUAAGCUCAUCGACCAGCGGUUCAAGGAGAUUGAGGCCGGAACAAACGUGCGAUUCGAUCUGCUUCAGACAUUCAUCGAGGCCCGCGACGAGGACGGCAAGCCCCUAGACCUGGACUACAUCAAGGCCGAGAUCCUCCUCGUGCUCCUCGCCGGCGCAGACACGACCGGCACCGCCUUCCAGGCCAUGAUGGUCUACGUGCUCUCGAGCCCGCGCGUCUACGCCAAGCUCAUGGCCGAGCUGGACGCCGCCACCGAGGCCGGCAGGAUCGCACCCGCCGGCAGCAUCCCGCAGUACGAGGACAUCGUCGCCCACUGCCCUUACUACCUCGCCUGCGUGCGCGAGUCCAUGCGCCUGACGCCCUCGGCCCCCAACAUCUUCCCGCGCGUCGCGGGCGCCGGCGGCGUGGACCUGGGCGAGGGCAGGUUCGCGCCCGAGGGGACGGAGCUCACUUGUAACCCGUGGCUCGUGCACCGCGACCAGAAGCUCUACGGCGACGACGCGGGCGAGUUCCGCCCGGAGAGGUGGCUCGAGGACCCGGAGAGGGCCAAGGAGUUCCUCAAGUACAACAUGGCCUUUGGGUACGGCGCCCGGGUUUGCCUGGGCAGGGAGAUCGCGAACAUGGAGCUGUACAAGGCGCCGCUGCAGUUCUUCAGGACCUACAGGCCCGAGAUUGCGAACAAGGAGGUGCCUGGUCGGUAUGUGAUUAACGGCGGUGUGAGCUACUACGAGGACAUGUGGCUUAGCAUCAGCAAGAGGACGGCGGCCAAGGCUUGA